AUGAUAUCUUCUUUAAUCGACUGUUUGGUCAACAACGUUACGUGUCUGAGUUUGAUCGCCAUAUUCACGGGGUUAUUCUAUUAUUAUUCGACUUCGACGUACGGCAAAUGGCGGAAAUUGAACCUCCCGUACGUACCACCCGUGCCACUGUUCGGCAACACUUUCAGAAUGAUGACGAGACUUGAACACCCGAUGGACACGUUUGACAAGAUUUACAACCAUUUCCCGGAUUCCAAACUAUGUGGGUUCUAUCAGAUGAGGGAGCCGAUGCUCUUGGUCCGCGACCCGGAGCUGAUCAACACGAUACUGGUCAAGGACUUCUCGUACUUCACCGACCACGGUAUCGACAUAGACACGUCCACGUCCACUCUGGCCAAGAAUCUUUUCUUCGCCACGGGCCAGAAAUGGCGGACGAUGCGCCAGAAGUUGAGUCCGGGCUUCACGUCCGGCAAGUUGAAGGAUGCGUACUGCCAAAUCAACGAGUGCAGCGACGAGAUGGUGUCCAGCAUCGUCGAGACGAUCGGUAAAGACACCGACCGUAUCGAAUUGAAAGAGAUAACUGGCAGGUUUUCCACAGACGUGAUCGCCACGUGCGCGUUUGGCCUAAAGCUCGACACGAUUAAAAAUGGCGAUUCAGAAUUCCGCCGGUACGCGAAGUUGUUGUUUCAGACCACCACGAAACAGAUGAUUGUCAUGGCGCUGUCGACGAUCUGUCCCUGGCUGAUCAAGAUCUUAAGAAUACAAUUAUUUUCGUUGGAAGCUACCAAUUUUUUCUCUAAGGUGUUCGUCGACGUCAUCAAGUAUCGCGAGGAUCACAAAGUGGUCCGGAACGAUAUUACUCAGACCCUGAUUCAGGCUCGUAAAGAAUUGGUGUUGCAGGAAAUCUCCACCACCGAAGAUAAAUUCUCCGACGAUGAUAUCAUCGGUAACGCUGUUUUUUUGUUCUCCGCCGGUUCAGAAACCAUUUCGUCUCUGCUGUCUCUUUGUCUGUACGAAUUAGCACUGAACAAGGAAAUCCAAGACAAAUUACGUGAGGAGAUAUACUCGAUGAAAGCAAAACACGAUGGAAAUUUUAACAACGAUUAUUUGGUGGAUCUCCGUUACACCAAUAUGGUAUUGGAAGAGACUGGACGCAAGUACUCCAUUGGAUUAAGCAUAGGAAGAGUGGCUACAAAAACAUACACUUUACCCGACGAAUCAUUUGUUAUUGAAAAAGGACAAAAACUCUUUAUACCGAUGUUCAACAUACAUCGUGAUCCUAAAUAUUAUCCCGAUCCAUUGAGAUUUGAUCCAGAAAGGUUUUCAAUGGAACAAAAAUCUCAACGACCUAAUGGCACUUACAUACCGUUUGGUGAAGGACCUCGUCAGUGCUUAGGCAAACGAUUUGCCGAGGCAGAAAUGAAAUUGGUUCUGUCAAAAGUUUUGUCAAAAUUUGAAGUACUACCAUGUGAACAGACUGAAAUUCCUCUAGACAUAAGAAGUGGAUCAGGAUUACUUUCACCAAAAAACGAACUUGUGUUGAAAUUUAGACCAAUCAUUGAGCAUUAA